GGAACUAGCCCUCAUUUUAGGCUUCAAUCCAGGUACCUAGGUCGCACUUAACUAGAGGCUUUAGGUUCCUAGUAGGGCCAUCCGCGGGGGUGUUAGCGCACGUGCCCUAAUCCCAGCGUGCACGCGUCUCGAAGCGCAUUUCUGCUUGCAUCGCUUACAACGAGGCUCCUUAAAGAGCGCUUCAGGAGAAAUAGCAUUAGAGGGUUCUUUGCGCACUUGCCUCCGCUUCCGCGUGUUUCUUCCCCCUUCCCCCCCCCCCCCGCAUGUGGAAGCGCAAAUUCUCCGCAGCCGGCGGAGAUGCUUCCGCCGACCCUUCCGCCUCGCGCGGCCGUGGCGCCGGUGGCGGAAGCGGCUUUGGAUUCGUGCGCUCCGGGGGAAGCGCGUACACGCCGCCCGUGAACCCCUCCGGCUCGUACGGCGGCUUCAGCGGCGGCGGCAGCUUCGCCGGCUACCGCGGCGGCGGCUCUGGGCGGCGGUCAGUGCCGGACGACGAGGAUGACGAUUUAGCGGAUAUCGAAUACCGCGAUGACGGGGAUGGCGCAGCGGAUGAGCAAAACGGGGGAAGAGGAGGCGCACGGGGUGAAGCGGACGAGGGUAACGGAGGGGUGACGGCGCGGGGCAACGGGGGAAAUGAGGCGGAGGGGGAGGCGGAGGGGGAGGCGGAGGAGGCGGAGGAGGCGGAGGAGGAUCCGCUGGACGCGUUCAUGCAGGGGAUCGAGAAGACCGUCGAGAAGGAGUCCGCCGCCGCCACCAGGCGCGCGGCGGAGCGCGCAGCCGCAGGCGCGAAGGGCGGGGCGGGCGGAGCGUCGGGGGAAGCGGCGGAGCGGGAGAAGCCAGAGCGGGAGGACUGGCGCGCGGAGGAGGAGGAGGCGGAUCUGCUGGACUCGUUCCUCAGCGCGCGCAAGAGCGCGGGACUGUCGGUGGCGGCGGAAGCCGUCAUGGGGCGCGGGUACGACUCUGACGAGGAGGUUUACGCCGCCGCCAAGGCCGUCGAUGCGGCUGCCGCCGCCGCCGCCGCCGCCGGUGCUGCUGGCGGCGCGGCGGGAUCCGCGUUAGAGUACGACUCGGACGACAACCCGAUAGUGCCGGAUUCGGUAACGUCGUUAAAGAGCAAGAUGGAUGCGCUCGGCCACGUGGACCACUCCGCGAUCGACUACGACGAGUUCGAAAAGGCGUUCUACGAGGAGCAUCCUGACGUGGCCGCCAUGCCAGCAGCUGACGUGGCGGCGCGGCUGUCCGCCCUCUCGAUCCGCACGUCGGGGUACGACGUCCCACGCCCGAUCACCGCGUUCGCGCACGCCGCGCUCCCCCCCGCGCUGAUGGGCGCCGUGCGCAAGCACGGGUACUCCGCGCCCACCCCCAUCCAGUCCGCCGCGCUCCCCGUCAUCCUCAGCGGUCGUGACGUCAUCGGCGUCGCGAAGACGGGCUCGGGGAAAACCGCGGCGUUCGUGCUCCCGCUGAUCGUCCACGCCGCGGACCAGCCGCGCGCGGGGCGCGGGGAAGGCCCGAUCGCGCUGAUCUGCGCGCCGACGCGCGAGCUCGCGGCGCAGAUCCACGGCGAGGCGCGGCGGUUCGGGAAGCCGUUAGGGUUAAGAGUGAGCGGCGUGUUCGGCGGGAUGUCGAAAUUCGAGCAGUUCAAAGAACUCAAGGGCGGGGUCGAGGUGGUGGUAGCCACCCCGGGGCGACUAAUCGACAUGCUGAAGAUGAAAGCUCUAUCCCUCCGGCGCUGCACGUUCCUGGUCCUAGAUGAAGCAGACAUGAUGUUCCACCUGGGGUUCGAGCCGCAGGUGCGCGCCAUCGUGGCGCAGAUCCGCCCCGACCGCCAGACGCUGCUCUUCUCCGCCACCAUGCCCCGCCGGAUCGAGCGCCUGGCACGGGACAUUCUCACCCACCCGGUGCGGAUCACGGUGGGCGAGGUGGGCGCGGUGAACCUGGACAUCCGGCAGCAGGUGCAGGUGCUGGCGGGGGACGACGCCAAGCUGCCGUGGCUGCUCGGCGCGCUGGGGGGGAGAGUCGACGAGGGGGACGUGCUCGUCUUCGCCGGGACCAAGGCCAAGGUGGAGGCUGUAGCGCCGGCUGUAGCGGGCGCGGGGUUCAAGGUUGGCGCGCUGCACGGGGACCUGGACCAGGCGCGGCGGAGCGAGGUGGUGCGGCAGUUGAAGAAGGGCGAGCUGCACGUGGUUGUAGCCACGGAUGUAGCGGCCAGGGGGCUGGACAUACGGUCGAUCAAGACGGUGAUUAAUCUGGACAGCGCGAGGGACAUGGACGCGCACGUGCACCGGGUGGGGCGGACGGGGAGGGCGGGCGACACGGACGGAGUGGCCAUCUCGGUGGUGACGGGCAAGGAGGCGCGGUUCGCAGGCGAGCUGGUGGGGUGCCUGGUGGCGGGCGGGCAGGAGGUGCCUCCGGAGUUGUUGGACCUCGCAAUGAAGGAUUCUCGCUUCAGAGCCCAGCGAGAGGGACGAGGAGGGGGAGGGAGAGGAGGUGGGGCGAAUGCGUUUGUGUCGGGAGGGUCUCUGGGUGUUGGUGGCGCUGCUGGUGUGGCUGCUGCUUCUGCUGCCAGCAGCAGCAGCAGGGCGAACACGCGACUGGGGGCGGUGGACGCGCUGCGAGUGGGCAUGAUUGCCAAGUUCAAGUCGUCCUUCGUUGCUGCCUCCGCCCCCCACCCCCACGACCCCGUCCCUGACCUCCCCCCUCCGCCACCUCCUGCUGCUCCUGCUGCUCCGGCGGCUCCUUCACUUCCUCCUCCACCUCCUCUUCCUGCUGCAUUUGCUGCACCACCAGCAACACCAGGAGCGCAAGCGCCAGCAUGGGGGGUGGGCGCCAGUGCUGCUGGGGACAGAGCUAUGGGGGCAGACGCAGUGGCAGCAGCCAUAGCAGCCGCUGCAGCCAAGGCAGCUGCCAUCGCUGCCAGCCUGGGCCUGCAGCAACCUGCUGCGAGAGGAGGAGGUGUGGGAGGAGGGGCGGUGGUGGGGACAGUUGCAGGCAUGUGUGCACCUGCAGGUGGAGGUGAUGGCCAAGGGGAGGCGGCAGGAAGAGGGCAGGAGGGAGACCGGGACAGGGAAAGAGACAGAGAGAGUGAGAGGGAGAGGGAGAGGGAACGGGACAGAUACAGAGAUAGGGAGAGAGGUAGUGAGAGGGAUAGGGAGAGACACGGGGAUAGGGAUCGUGACAGGCACCGGGACAGGGAUCGGGACAGGUAUGGUGGGAGGGAUCGGGAUAGGGAUAGAUAUGGCGAGAAGGAGCGAGAUGGAGGCCGCGAAAGGGACAGGGAGAGGGAGAGGGAGAGAGAGGAGAGGGGCAGAGGGAGGGAUGAGGAAGGGAGAUCUCCCCGCCGACAUGACAGCCAGCGGCAGCGGUCAAGCCGAUGGGGGUGAGGGGGAGGGGAAGAGGGAGGAGGGGAAGCAAGAAGGGGCGAGGAUGGGGAUAGAGACGUGGGUGAGGGCGCGGACGGAGGCGAGGAUGGGGGCGAGGAGCUGCCGUCGGGAUUGCAGAGGGCGUGUAGUGGACUGACAGUCGUGGGUGUUCCCAUUGGGGAGGAGGACUGGGAGGUGGCGCAGGGGAUGGGGAAGAGGCAUGGGGAAGAGGGAGGGCGCCCCCAUGCAGACAGGCGAGCCAGCCGCAGCGGGCAAGCCGAUGGGGACAAGGAGGCGUGAAAUGUAAGGGGGGUGGAGGAAAAGGGGGAGGGUGGCAGGAGGAAGGGAUGAGGUCUUCAGGAAGACAUGGGAUGAUGGGAGAAUGUGGCAGCAGUGUGGCAGGGGGGAUGAGAGGGAGUGUAGGUAAGCAUUGUAAAGGCGGGCAUUGUAAAGAGGGGCGUUGUAUGUAAAGCACAGGUGAAUUCAUUGGCAGGGUUAGGUGAUUGCAGGGCUGGGUGAUUGCAGGGCUGCGUGAUUGCAGGGGCUUGCACCACUGAGCCCCUUAGCGUCUGCUCCCCAUGUGGCUUUGAGGCCUGUUCGUUUCCUCUAGGCAGGAUGGUAACAUGCCAGCAUGACAGCUGAUGUGGUUGUAUCUUAGGGCAUACUCCUACACACCAGGUUCAAGUUCUUAGGUACUAACGCGGUACUGUUCGGUGCAGGUGUUUGGAUUGCGUUUCAGUGCGGUUCAUUCUAGUUCUGAGCGGGUCUGAUCCUGAUCCCGGUGCAUAGGAAUACGCCCAUAUCUACUUGGCGAAAUUACACACAUCUGGUUGAGCUGGAACAGGGAGGUGAGGGAAUGCUGUCAAACAUGUAUUGUUAUGUUUGUAUAGACUGUUGAGGUUUGUGCCUUAGAGGGUACACCCCUUAGGUCAUAUA